GUUUUACAGAAGGCUACAACCGACGGAAGAGUAGCGACUAUCAUUUGAAAAUGUUCCAGUGGGGUUGGUGAGCGCCAGCAAUGAGUCAAAAUAGCUCCUGCCUGUGGACGGAGGUUCCCCAGAGUAGCACUGCCCCAUGUGACCGUUGCAAGCAUGCCUGCUGCAGCUAUGAUGGAAACAUCUACGUCCUAGGAGGACGAGACAACAGGACUCUGAGGGACUUCUGGAGGUACAGUGUAGUGCGUAACGAAUGGACAGAGUUGAGCUGCACAGGCGAGAUGGCACCAGAAGAAGUGGAGGAACAUUCCAUGGUCGUACAUAAGGGCUUUAUAUACGUGUUUGGAGGCACACUGGAUUCGGCAUAUACCGUGCUGAGAUGUCCCCUCUGGGUGUUUGAUCUUGGUGAGUUUCUCAGAGAAGCAAAGCAGAAAUGGGUGCACUCUGAGAGAAAGACAAGCUCUCCUCAGACCCAAAUGCCGACUAACAGAAAAGGCCACAGUGCGGUGGUGGUAGGCUCAUCUAUGCUUCUGUAUGGUGGCUUCAUAGACAUUAAAGGAUCAUCUCAGGAGUUCUGGAGUUUGGAUUUUGAUACCAUGGUUUGGUCGCUGCUCAGUGGUUGUCAGCAGGGAUCCCUGAGCCCAGGCCCAAGACACAGUCACUCUGCAAUGGUCUACCAGAGUUGCAUGUACUUGUUUGGUGGCUUGAAAGGCUUGCGAGAGCAGAGAGACUUCUGGAAAUGGAAUUCUAUCAGCAAUACAUGGAGUUCACUCAAAACGAAAUUGGGACCGUCUAAACUCAUCGGCCACUCAACUGUAGCCUACAAGGACAGCAUGCUUCUGUUCGGGGGAGGAGAGAGCCAGAACUAUCCAAAGAACUGUCUGUGGAGAUACAGCUUCUCCACUCAUACGUGGGGGCAGGUGAACACACUGCAGGGGUCCAGCGCUCCAGACAAGAUGCACCACUGUUGUGCUGGUCUAGGCGCCAGUUACGCAGCCAACACCGAUGGCAUCUGCUCAGAAACCCACACAAUACGUCAGCAUGACAAGCUAAGACCAUUCAAAAACAAAUGUUUUCCUGCACCACUCACUUUCCUGGGUUCAGAGAGCGCGAUAGAGCUUCAGACGUUCAGCUUGGACAAGUGUCAGAAGGGCAAAGUUGGCAGUGAUGCCGCAGAAACGGACAAAAGCGUCUUACUGGGGAAAAAUGAGCGUCAGUUGGGAAGCUGUCUCACGUACGAAAACAAAGCAUUCAGCAAACACUGGAGCUGCACUGAGGAGGAGCUGCUGGGAGACGCCGAUGAAGACAUAUCACAACAUUUGCCCGACCUCUUACUGGUACUGGGGGGCAGACCGUGCGCUGGACAUAAAGCCAUCUCUGUGUGGCAAAUGACCCUGGCUGACACUUGACAGCACAUUUUAAAGGAGCAAGAACGGGCAAGAAAACAGUGUUAUUGUGUCAUGUCACCUUUUUUAAUUUGUCAACCGAAAUAUUGUCACCACAUAUGUUAUACCAUGCUGUUACAUUUGUUCAUUUGAGUUUUGAUGUAUCACACUGCACAGACCAUAAGAUUGCACGUGAAUAAAGGGUCAAUCAUAGACAACCAUGCUAACAGUCACGCUUGUGAGGUUGUACUGAGAAAAGAAUCGUUUUUAUGGUCAAAUAUGAUGAGUUUUGCCUUCCAACCUCUCCCUUAACCAUGGCGGAUGGUCUGGUACAGCGACCGCAUUACUUCAGACGAUCGUACCCUUGUUCUUAAUGAUUCAUCGUGUUUCCUUUUUGUUUACGACUAACGACGUGUCUGCACCGCGGUUUCAAAAACCAAGCCGGGCGGCCGUCACGGCAUCUGUGCUCACCAAAGUGGCACCGAGCACAUAAAACAUCAUAGCAAGGACCCCAUAAAUACAAAUUGAACGGUCGAUCCCCUGUUCAAAAGGCCUUUAAUGGCUGUUGGAAGCAUUAGAUUUAGGAAAAAUAGUCACCCAAAAAAUACUAAUUCCUUUUUAUUUCUAAGUGUUUCGCACUCCCACCAACGAUGCAAUGCCUUUCUUUGACGUAAUUUGUAAUGACUCUUUAUGACCACUAGAUGGCAGCGUUGUCCAUUAAUUUGCACAAAAAAAAGGUAAAGGCACGUGAACGUCUAACUUCUAUACGCGACACAAAUUUACAGUCUACAGGACAUACUGUAUAAUAUACUGCAUAAUAUACACAAAUACAUUAUACAAA